CCUGAAUUCAUGAUGCAGUCAACUACCCAUCUCCCUUUAUCCUCAUCCCCAGACCACAACAAUGCAUCCACUUGUCCUCCUCCUCCUCCUCCUCCCCGAGUGUCAAAUCCUCACCCAAGCCCACCCCCAACCCCCAGCCCAAAACCUUCUAUCCCCGUCUCCAAGCCCAAUCCCACCCUCAUCUGAAGAUCAAGGAACAGGCAACCCCCUCAACUUCCCCGGCCCCUGGCACUGGUACGCCGACCCGGAAGCCCACCUCUUCCCACACACAGGCACUUUGAACGUGCAGUUGAAGGACCAGAACUACUGGAUCUACCCCACCUACAGCGCCGCCUACGAAGAACAAACCUUCUUCGACGCCUUCAGCUCCCCCGACCUGGUGGUGUGGACGAAGUAUCCCGCGGUUCUGAAUAUCACCGCGAUCCCUUGGUCGACGAAUCGCGCUGCGUGGGCGCCUUCUGUCACGAGACGACGACGACGACGACUCGACCACAGCAACAAUGCAGAGGAGGAAUAUGAUUACUACAUGUACUUCUCCACCGGUGACGGCACCGGGAUCGGCGUUGCGAAAUCCCUCACCAACUCCCCCGCGGGACCGUUUCAGGAUGCGUUGGGCCGGCCGUUGGUGAAUGGGACGGUGAUGGGGGCGGAGGCGAUUGAUGCGCAGAUUUUUGUCGACAUGCCCGGUCGUUCCUCUGCUUCUGCUUCUUCGGAGGAGGCAGCGGAAGAAGGCCGGGUGUGGCUGUACUUUGGGGGAUGGGGCCAUGCGGUCGUGGUCGAGGUAGAUGGUGAGAGUAUGACGGCCCUGAAGGGGGAGUUUCGGGAGAUCACGCCCCCGGGGUAUGUGGAGGGGCCGUGGGUGUUGAAGCGCGGGGGGGUUUAUUAUUUGAUGUAUUCGGUGGGGGGAUGGGGCGAUAACUCCUACGGGGUCAGCUACGUAACCGGCCCCUCGCCCACCGGCCCCUUCUCUUCCACUCCGACCAAAAUCCUUCAGGGCAACGAGCAGGUCGGCACCGGCACCGGCCAUCACAGCGUGCUCACCCUCGGGGAUGACGAGUAUUACAUCGUCUACCACCGCCGGUAUCCCAACGACACGGCGCGCGAUCACCGCGUGGUCUGCAUUGAUCGCAUGGAGUUUGAUGCGCAGGGGAAUAUCCUGCCGGUGAAUAUUACCCUAGAGGGAGUGGAUGCAAGGCCUCUGUGAAGUGCAACUUGAACUUCCAUAGAACUUCAUGUAGAGUUGACCGUAGAACGUCUACCAGGUAACUCCCACCUCGUGUGGGCCAUCUCAAUCCAAUGC